CCCUGGAGACUGUGCCCAGAGCACCCAGCUGCCCGGCGCGAGAGGAGGCGAGUGGGGAGAGAGUGGGUGCCGAGCCGAGCUCCCCGGCUGGCUCCCCGGACGUUGUGAGGCCCAAGGUGCCAGGACAGCUGAGAAAGAGCCGCAAGCAGCGUGGAGCCGGUGCCACCGAGGCAGCCCAGGGGGACAGGGAGCCUGCAGGGGCUGCGGCACAGGGGACUGUGGUACCCGUGAAGGCACCUUUAAGCUCGCCACUGUCCUCACGAAAGAGCAAAGGGAAGGAGAAGGCAAGCAAGCCAGCUCCUGUGAAGCUGGGCAGCGAGGAGGCAGGGGAGAGCAAACGGCUGGUGCCCAGCCCUGGCACGGACGAGGGAGAUCCAUCCGAGAGCACUCCACCGAAGCAGAAGGCGAAGGAGCCGGGGGCACAGCCCCUGGGGAAGGCAAAGGCCACCAAGCAUGCAAAGCCAGGGCAGGCUGGUGGCUUGGGCGUACGUGACAAUGUGCCGGUGAUCCCUGCCAGCGGAACCACAGCUCCUCCAGGAGAGGCAUGCCAGCAGGUGCCGGGGAAGCCUCUCCAUCCCAAGAGCGUGGCAGCUUUGGGAGGGGAAGCUGCUGAGGGAGCUCAUGGGGAGCCUGCCGCUGAGAGCCCUGGGGAGCUGGGCCCUCCUCGCUUUGAAGCUGGGGCUUCUGCAAGGGCAGACACUCUGGACGUGACUUGGCCUGAGAUGUAUGAGUAUUUGUUCUGUGACUCCCAGGGGGAAGAAGAAGGAAUGGGUAACUCACUGGAAGGGGAGAAAACACCCUUGGAAAGGGAAAUAUCCUUACCUGAACUGUAUGAAUAUUUUUUCAAUGAACCAGAAGGAAACAGGAAAAAAGUCAAGGGUAAAGACAGGAAGCGAAAGAAGUUCAGCAGCUUGGACCACGCUCAGCUGCAAAAGGAGGAUCCCAGCUCGGCUCCAGACAAAGACUCCCUGGUUAUCUCGGUCCCUGAGGUGUAUGAACACUUCUUUCCAGACAGGCCUGAGAACAGGGCGGGCUGGAGAGGGAUUUUCUCAAUCACUCCAGCCUCCGAGGUGAAGAAAGCUGUGGGGGCCUUGAAGUUCCUCCUGCAAAGGCCAAUGCGCCUCAUCAGAGGCCAAGCCCCGGCCCCCCAGCCCCUCGCGCGGAGAGGAUCUGCAGAGAAGCUGCCCCUCGUCCCGCUGGCUCCGCUGGGAAGAGGCCAGGCACGGCCAGAAGGUUUGGACAUGGCCCUUGCACUGACAGGGAGGCCUGAGGCUCCGCUGGCGCUGACCCACAAAGACAUGUGCCUCGUCUUCUGUGCCUUUGCAUCCUGGGCAGUGAAGACCUCCGACCUCCAGGCUCCAGACGCCUGGAAGACCAUGUUCCUGGCAAGUUUUGGCACACUUUCUGCCAUCCGCUACUUCAGAAGGCAGGUCAGAGAAGGACACCCCCGGACCUAG